AUGACAAGCCCCACCAAUGAGCUGAGUCCCUUCUACAAUUAUACCCCAGUGCAAUGGGUGAAUCUUCAAUACCUUUGUUUCUACGAAUUGCUCUUUUUGGUGGGAAUUCUACAACUCAUUAAAAACUAUAGAGCCCAACACAAUGAUAUAGAUUCCACGAAAAAAUUUAAGUAUAUGGUGAUCACAAUCCCUUUUCUAGUUGGGUGUAUGGUCGAAGGCUUGGGAUAUGGAAUCCGAUACUUGUCAGUGACCCAUUCAGAGCUGUUGCUACCAUAUGUUAGUCUGACUUUUCUCAUUUUAAACGCUCCAGCUUUGUAUACCACAUCCAUAUAUAUGAUGUUUGGAGAAGUUGUACGAAUCCUCAAUGCUUCAGCAUACGCAACUAUGCCUUUGAACUACAUAACGAUCAUCUUUGUUGUUGGAGAAAUUAUUUCAAUGCUACUUGAGUUCAUUGGUGCUUGUCUCGUAUUAUCAAAAAACAGCGGGAACGCAUUCUGGGGUCAAUUGUUGACCAAAUGUUCCCCCAUUUGGCAUCUCGGUUGCGUCGCCAGUUUCGUGGUAAUCUUAUCAGUAUUCAUGUUCAAAUCUUUAAGACUGCCCACUGAAGUUGGCAAGAUCCAAAGUGUCAAUUCGUCCAUGUGGAACGAUUGGAGAUUAGUUUUGGUCAGAUUGUUGGUUGCAACUUUACUUAUUAUGGUGAGAAGUAUCUAUCGCUGUGUCGAGUUUCUCCAAGGGUUCAAUGGCUAUGUAAUGCAACAUGAAGCGUUCGUUUUCAUCUUGGAUGCGGGCCUGCUUCUCUUGGCUUCUGUUGUCUUACUUUUUGCUAACACAUCGCUGUGGCUCUGUGAUCUCAGAUACUUCCAAGAAACACUGUUAUAUCCAUCGGAAUUAGUCAUGGUUAACCGCUACAAUAAUGAAAUUAUGUUUUAA